UGUCGUUUACACGGAAGAGAAGAGAAGCGAGUUCAGUGAUGGAUUUGGGGCAGCUCAGCUGAAUAUAAUAAUAUAAUAUUUUGGGUUAAAUUCAAUUUCAAGGGUAGUGAUUGGAGGCUAUUUACGAUUAAUUGGCUUUCAUCGAACUUGAAAUGAAAGAUCAGCUCCUUUUUCUUCUCCCCAAACCCAAUAAUAUCUCUUCUCUACUCUCCAACUCCAACCAACCAAAUCGACCUGCUUUACCACGCCAGAUAAUCCGGAAAUGGAAACAAAAAGGAGUCUUGACCUUUGAUGGGAAAGCUCCUCCUCCAUUAUUACUGAGAAACUUGAGCAAACCGGACAUAAUUGGCUUGUCCGAGGAGGUUUUGCUCCAACUCAACUCAAAAUCUGAGGUGGGUUUUUUGGAUUCAACUUCGUUGUAUUCCCUGAUGCUGUUUUUCGCGGGAAAUGGGCUGUUUCCUCAAGCGCAGGCCUUGUGGGACCACCAGUUGGUUAAUAGCUCUUCUCUGCCCACCAUUGAAACUGUGGCCAAGCUUUUCGACGUUUUGUCCCAAAGAGGACAUUUCAAUCAAGUAUCUGAAAUUCUCGCUCAGCUUAGCUCCAGGGGUGCGGACAUCUUACCCCAAGCUUACUCUCUUGCCAUUUCUUGCUUUGGCAAUGGCGGCCAACUUGAGCUGAUGGAGAGCGUGGUUCGGGACAUGGUUUCCAAGGGCUUGUCUGUUGAUGCUAGAACUGCCAACGCCUUUGUUAGAUACUAUAGCCUUCACGGUUCAUUGACCGAGAUGGAGGCUGCUUGUGAUAGACUAAAGAGGUCAGAGUAUUUGUUAGACAAGGAAGGAAUUAGAGCCGUAUCUCUUGCCUACUUAAAGCAGAAGAAGCUUCAUAGGUUGGGAGAGUUCACGAGAAAGGUGGGGCUAGGGCGAAAGGACGUUGGAAACCUCUUGUGGAACGUGCUUCUACUGUCCUACGCGGCCAACUUCAAAAUGAAGAGCCUUCAGAGAGAGUUCUUGAGGAUGGUGGGAUCAGGGUUUCGUCCUGACCUCACCACGUUCAAUGUCCGAGCCAUGGCGUUUUCAAGGAUGUCCUUGAUGUGGGACCUUCAUCUUAGCCUUGAACACAUGAGACAUGAGUUGGUUGUUCCAGAUUUGGUGACUUAUGGCUGUGUUGUGGAUGCCUACUUGGAUAAAAGGCUUGGGAGGAACUUGGACUUUGCUCUAAAGAUAAUGAACUUGGAUGGCUCUCCUGUAGUACUGACUGAUCCUUUGGUGUUUGAAGUUUUGGGUAAAGGGGAUUUCCACUCGAGUUCGGAGGCCUUUUUGGAGUUUUCGAGCAGCAGGGACUGGACUUACAAGAAGCUAAUUGCUGUGUAUAAGAAAAAGCAUUACAGGAGGAAUCAAACCUUUUGGAAUUACUAAUUAUUAACCUGACCUGCUAUUGCAUGUGAAACUUUAACUAAUGAAAUUUACUCUUCUGUCCUGCAUCAAUGCCGCAAGUUGCAAGAUUGCGUGGUCUACGGAUGCAUUCAAUCAUUUCUUACAAGGAAUUUUCAUUUUUCUGGUAGAAUAACAGCAAACUUGCCACCCGGAGGCCCAUUUGUUAGAAUGGAUAGCCAUGUUUAUCCCGAUUAUGUCGUUCCUCCAAGCUAUGAUUUUCUCCUCGGAAUGCUUAUUGUGUGGGCACCAACCAGGGAAAAGGCUAUUGAACGCAUGAAGAGGGCUCCUGGUAGGAUUGGAGUUCAAAUCCCAGAAGUUUGUUUUUUUUUUUUUUUUUUUUUUUUUUUUUUUUUUUUUUUUUUUUUUUUUUUUUUUUUUUUUUUUUUUUUUUCUGACAGGAGUUGCUACAACUAUGGAGUACCACAAACUUAUCCUUUGUAUGGAGCCCCAGAAGGCAGAAGAUUGUCUGGAGAAAGAACUAGCGACUACUGCCGCGUAGAUCACGGAGAUGAUUACCCUGAAGCCGGCGCGAAAAGAAUUAGUUUAGCUCCUUCUAAGCAUUUUAUCAGUGUAAUUUACUUUCACAGUUAAUUUUUAUUUUUUAUUUUUAAUGCAACCACGACUAUCAACUCUUCUUCUAAGAAUUUUGUUUGCAAUUUUUUAUGAUAGUGUGAG